UGAAAAAAGAGCAUGACCAGCAAACACAGCCACGAGCACCACCCCUACCUACAUUGUACAGUUCUUUAUCAUACCUCGGCACAUAAUCUCUGACAUGAUCGAAUGUCUGUUACCUUGUAAAAUGUCGCUAUAACCUGUUGACAUGCCGCCUGCUCGGGUCAUUUGAUGUCUCAUCGCGUCCGAAUCAGUGAUGAGGACUUGCAGUAUGCGGCUGGUCCGCUCUUACACUGGCUGAGCACUGAAUAGUGAAUGCGGGCUGCCCUGCGGCUCGCCCUACAGCUCUUGCCAUGGGGAAUACUGCCACGAAAUUCCGCAAAGCACUUCUCUGUGGAGACGAAGGCCUGGCUUGGCAGCUCUAUGAGAGUAACCCCCAAUUUAAAGAGGCCUUGGACCCCAAUGCGUCUUACGGGGAGCCCUAUCACCACAACACAGCCCUGCACUAUGCCUCACGCCAUGCCAUGACACGACUCAUCAGGUCUUUUAUUUUCUCCAAAGACGGCAACCCCAACAAGUGUAACAUUAACAAUGAAACAGCACUGCACCUGCUGUGCAUGGGCCCACAAAUCCUGCUGGCUGAGGGGGCGCUGCAGCCGCGGAUCAGCCGCCCCCAGGAGGAUGAACAGAAGCGGGCUGAGUGCCUCCAGAUGAUGCUGCAGUGGACCGGAGCCAAACUGGACCAGGGAGAGUAUGAGAGAGCCAACGUCAACGGCACUGACAACAAAAAGAGCACCUGCCUGCACUACGCAGCAGCUGCAGGAAUGAAGAACUGUGUUGAGUUGCUGGUGAAGAGUGAUGCAGAUUUGUUUAUGGAGAAUGAGGAUAGGAAGACUCCAUGUGACUGUGCAGAGAAGCUGCAUCACAAGGAGCUUGCGCUCAGUCUAGAGUCUCAGAUGGUUUUCUCUCAGGAUGCUGGAGCUCAGGAGAUAGAAGCAGAGUACACUGCCCUUGACCGACAAGAGCCAUAUGAAGGACUGAAUUUGCAAGACUUGCGUCAGUUGAAAGACAUGUUGAUAGUGGAGACAGCGGACAUGUUGCAGGCUCCUCUCUUCACGGCUGAGGCGUUGCUGCGAGCUCAUGACUGGGACAGGGAAAAACUCCUGGAGGACUGGAUGUCUAAUGCAGAGGACUGCUGUCAACGCUCAGGUGUUCAGAUGCCUACUCCCCCACCAAGUGGCUACAAUGCUUGGGACACACUGCCUUCACCUAGAACUCCUAGAACAACUCGCUCCUCCGUCACCUCCCCUGAUGAGAUCAGCCUCUCACCUACAGAUGGCCUUGCCCUGUGUGGGAUUUGCAUGUGCCCCAUAUCUGUGUUUGAGGACCCCGUGGACAUGUCCUGUGGACACGAGUUCUGCCGGGCAUGCUGGGAAGGGUUUUUUAAUCUCAAGAUCCAAGAUGGGGAAGCACAUAACAUCAUCUGCCCUGCUUAUGACUGCUUCCAGCUGGUUCCCGUUGAAGUCAUUGAAAGCGUUGUCUCCAGAGAGAUGGAUAAGCGCUACCUGCAGUUUGACAUUAAGGCUUUUGUGGAUAAUAAUCCUGCCAUUCGCUGGUGCCCCGUGGCCAGAUGCGAAAGAGCCGUCCGACUGACUCGCCCAGGCCCAGGAGCCUCUGACCCUCUGAGCUUCCCCUUGCUCAAAGCCCCUGCUGUGGACUGUGGGAAGGGCCAUCUCUUCUGCUGGGAGUGUCUCUGUGAUGCUCAUGAACCUUGUGACUGUGAGACAUGGAAGAUGUGGCUGCAAAAAGUGUCUGAAAUGAAGCCUGAAGAAUUGGCUGGUGUGAGUGAAGCCUUUGAAGAUGCUGCCAACUGCCUUUGGUUACUCACUAACUCUAAACCUUGUGCCAACUGCAAGUCCCCCAUCCAAAAAAACGAAGGCUGUAAUCACAUGCAGUGUGCAAAGUGCAAGUAUGAUUUCUGUUGGAUUUGUCUAGAAGAAUGGAAGAAACACAGCUCCUCUACUGGAGGAUACUAUCGCUGUACGCGCUAUGAGGUCAUUCAACAGGUGGAGGAGCAGUCUAAGGAUAUGACUGUGGAGGCAGAAAGAAAACACAAGAGUUUUCAGGAACUCAACUGUUUUAUGCAUUAUUACACUCGAUACAAGAACCACGAACACAGUUAUCAGUUAGAAGAACGACUUUUGAAAACGGCUAAAGAAAAGAUGGAACAACUGAGCAAAGCUUUCAUUGGAAGGGAAGGAUCCCCACCUGACACCACAUUCAUUGAGGAUGGAGUUCAUGAACUUCUCAAGACCCGACGCAUCCUUAAGUGCUCUUAUCCAUACAGUUUCUUCUUGGAGCCCAAAAGCACAAAGAAAGAAAUAUUUGAACUUAUGCAGACUGAUUUAGAGAUGGUCACUGAGGAUCUUGCUCAGAAGGUGAACAGGCCUUACCUCCGCACCCCUCGCCAUAAGAUAAUCAGCGCUACAUAUCUGGUGCAGCAAAAGAGACGGGAGUUCUUGGCCUCUGUGGCUCGAGGUGUUGCCCCAAAUGAUUCACCUGAAGCUUCACGCCGCAGUUUUGCCGGUGGGACUUGGGACUGGGAAUAUCUGGGAUUUGCAUCGCCUGAGAUGGUGAGGAAUCACCCAGUACGGGGAUCAAACACACAGCGUGACAGCAAUUACAAUCCAGGAGGCCAGCCACAGGAAUACUCAGAUUUUCAGUACAGACGCAGACACAGGCAGCGGCGUAGAGGAGACCUGCUCAGACUGCAGAGCCUCCACAGUACCACCCCUGAACCCCACGAUUCCAAUGACAACACUUUAGAAACAGAUGAUGGAGGCGGUUCACAAAGACAUGGAAUCUCCACGGCACUUGGGUCUUUGGAUGAGGAUGACCCAAAUAUUCUCCUGGCUAUUCAGCUGUCCCUACAGGAGUCCGGGCUGGCCUUGGACAUAGAGUCUCAGGAUGUGCUCAGUACUGACCCCUCUAUAGGAGCCAGUGGCUCCUCUCUGCCCUCUAGACUGGAUUGUGCCCCCCAUACUGUGGAUCCCCCCCGGGCUUCCAUGAGCAGCUCCGAGCUCCUGGAACUGGGAGACAGCCUUAUGAGACUGGGCAAUAUUACCAGCCAUUACACACCCUUUAACAUGAAUUCCUACCCUAAUGCCUUGGGUAAUGCCUUCACCCCUACUGAUCCAGACUGCCUGGACCCUUCCACCAAUGCCAACCUGCUUGGCAACAUUAUGGCCUGGUUUCAUGAUAUGAACCCACAGAGCAUUGCACUGAUACCCUCGAAUGCCGGUCCUGAUCCACUCGUUUCUGGAGAGGGACACGAAGAACCUGUUAAACCCCAGGAGGAGGAGAAUGAGGUGGGGAGGCCAGAGCAGGGUUCCCCACCUCUGACGAAAGAGAGUGCAGGCAUGUUGAUGCCACAACAUUUGGAAGUAGAAUGUGUGGAUGAUGCACAACCGUCAAAAGUAGAGCCAGACUUGGAGGAUUUGGGCAGAAGUGAAGAUCUCACUGUUUGUCAAGAGAGCAGUAGUGAAUGUGAUGUCCAGGUAAAUGACCUUUCAGAGUGGGAGGAAGAAAUGCACCUUGUGUGAGGAAUUAGUUCAGUUAAAUUCACCAACAGAGUGCUCUUAUUGUGCCAAAACACUAAAUUUAAGCGAAACUGUGUCUGUAUAAAUAACUAAUCUGGUGCAAUGGUGUUAGACAGGGCUUGUCGUAUUGGUGUGCAUCUGGUGAAAGAAUAAAGAGAGUGUCUUGCUUUGGGUGCCAUGAGCGAAUCUGUAAUAUAUGAGAGAUUCAUUCAUCUUUGCCACUUUAUAUUAGGUGUCUUUCACUACUGUGUACUAACAUUAAGAUACAUAAAAUACAAUGUACUUACUGUAUAUGUUGCUACAAAAUUCUCACAAGAUUCACAUUUGCUGCUGUUGAGGUAUGGGUAGAGUUAGGAUUUAGAUUAGGGUUUAGGCUAAGGGAUUGGUUAGGGUUAGGAUUAGGGGUUUAGGUUAACAGUGUAACAACAGAUGUCAUUAAAUGCAGGCACUUUAAAUGCAAGUACAAUAUAACACAUAUUUAAAUAAGUACAUUGUAUCAAAUGCUUAAGUACAUAGUGCAUGAAAAAACCUAUUAUAAAGUGGGUUCAUUCUUCAUUUAAAGGGAUAGUUUUUUUGGUGGAACACAAGGAAACAAUUAAAAAAAUGUUGAUGCUGCUGUUUUUCCAUACAAUGCAUAUGGAUUGGGAAAGAGGAUGUCAGUCCUUAACUAAAUCUCUCUGACAUGAGGGUUAGUAAAUUAUGGCAAAAUUUUCUUUUUUGGGUGCACUCUCUAAAAACAAAUUAAAAUAGUCGAAAGAAUAUGAAACCGAUGUAUUUUAAAUAUGGUUUAAACUUUCUGACAAGAAAAAUUUUUUUUACAUACAGAUGAAAAUAGAUGAUUGCUGAAAUUAAUUGAGUGUCAAUCAAAUGUUUCUGGGCUAUUACAGUUACUGUAAAAGGGUGUGUGAAGUCAAGCCACCAUUAAGACCUGAUCUUGCGAGUUCUUUCCCCUUCUGUGUUUUAUAGUAUAGAACUACAACAGACCUCUUAUUUAGCAAUGCCAAUUUGUGGCUCCAUUUGAAGACACAAAUUCCCUAUUUGUUAAUCAUGCCACAUUUAAUGCAAGUUAAUUGAUGCAUAUAGCAUAAUGCACAUUUCAAAUAUUACCAAUUAGGUUAUUUCUAUUUCAGUGUACUGUCAUGCAGUCCUGCAUUCAUUUAGAAGUGCAUCAAAGGAAUAUUUUCAGUUCAAAAACAAAAUACUACUUGUAAAUGAACUCUCCUGAAAAUGUGAUUGGAUUUCUUAUCUAAUCUAUUGUGACUACUAAACACAAUACUUCUGAUAUCCAGUGUUGUGUAUUUCAUUGUGCUCAUGCAUAAUAGAUACCUAUAAAGGCACUCCACUGGUCUUCUAAAGCAACACAGACAUGUAUUUACAGUGUUAUUUAUGAUUUAGUUUGUGUGUGACUCUUCCCUUCUGUCAGAAACAUAGGAAGUCAUUCUGUUUAACAACAAAAGCUGUACAUACAGUAUGUGUGUCCAAACUUAUUCUAAUCCAUAAAUCAUUUCUCACUGUGGUGAUAGCUGUUUUCCUAUCUUAACCACUAUAUCUCUUCACUAUAUCACUAUAGAAUAUUCCAGGUUACGUACAACUUAAAAGUAUGGUUCAUCUCAAAAUUUAAAUUCUGUCAUUAUUCUGUCACCCUCAUGUUGUUCCAAACCUGUAUGAGUGACUUUUUCCAUGGAAGACAAAUGGAGAUUUUAUGAAGAAUGACAGCCAAUUCACCUUCAUUGCAUCUUUUUUGCCCCAUACAAUGAAACUGAAUGGUGAUUGAGGUUGCUCAUCAGUGUGCCUUUUUUCUUAUUUAUAUACAUGUUACCUAAUUAUGUUAGUGUUUGACGUGUCUAUUAACUACAAUCAACUCUGUACUCAAUCAAUGAAAUGUUAAAAAGUAUGCAUUUCUUUCUAAAUGGGAGAGUAUUUGGUUCAUAUUGACAACACGUGUCUUUUCUGCAGUGAAAAGGUUGCCAUGAUUUGACUGCAUCUCUUAAAACAUUAUAAUUUGUGUGUGGCUCUUUAGAUGUGUUUUUUAAGGGUUAGGACCAUAUGAUCAUAGAGUGAAGAGAAGAGGGAAAAUAGACAAUUUAGAGUUGGUAAUUAUAGUUGGUGCAUUUAGUUUGGCUUUAUUCCCUCUGAUCAAAUCUUGCUUAAAAUGAAGGCCAGUUUUUACUUUUCUGCCCUUCGCCA